AUGGCGGAAAAUGAAGAAAAACAAAUACUGCGGGGGCUUGAUGAGUGUGAGAGUGACUCGGACUAUGGCGACAACUGCUCCGAACAUAUUGAUCACAACUCAGUGUCUAAACUAAGUGAAUUGGAGGAUAACUCGGAGGAGUCAUCACGUUUCGACACUGCGAGAAGUUUUGCUGAGAUUGUUUCACAAUAUGACGAGCUCAUUCAUGGCGAACCACUACCACCACCAUCACGAUCACGUGGUUCAUCCAGAGGUUACUGGUACGGACGUAAUCAGUUUAAAUGGUCGAAGACGCCUCCAUAUUCUUCGAGAACUCGACGUCAAAACAUUGUUACCCAAUUACCUAGUUUGCCAGGGAAAGCACGUCGAAACAAGUCGACAUCUCCACUGCAAGCGUAG